CCAAAAUGUUGCCCGUUUCUUGACACUUGGCUUUUGUAGCUCAAGAACACUUCAGGAGACCAACCCAAUCCUCCACUUCUGAAGGCUGUAAGAAAAAAGUUGAUCUGAAAUCUGAAUAUGGAUACCAUAGAGUUCCGAAAAAGAGGGAAAGAGAUGGUCGAUUAUAUUGCAGAUUAUCUCGAGCAGAUAGAGAAGAGGCAGGUGUAUCCUGAUGUGGAGCCAGGCUAUCUGAGGCCCCUCAUCCCAGAUUCUGCCCCCGAAGAUCCAGAAAGCUUUGAAGACAUCCUUCAAGAUGUUGAAAGGGUCAUUAUGCCAGGGGUAACUCAUUGGCACAGCCCUCGCUUCUUUGCUUAUUUCCCCACAGCUAGCUCUUUCCCAGCUCUUCUGGCAGACAUGCUGUCUGGGGGCAUAGGAUGCAUGGGCUUUUCUUGGGCGUCUAGCCCAGCGUGCACAGAACUGGAGACAGUGAUGCUGGACUGGCUAGGAAAGAUGAUCAAUCUGCCUCCACAAUUUUUGUCUGGGAAAGAUGGAGAGGGAGGUGGGGUGAUCCAGAGCACUGCCAGUGAAGCUACCUUGGUUGCCCUGCUUGCAGCUAGAACCAAAGCAAUCCAUCGAGUCCAGUCAGAAAACUCAGAAUUGACUCAAGGAGACAUCCUUAGCCGCUUGGUGGCUUAUACGUCUGAUCAAGCUCAUUUUUCUGUAGAAAAGGCUGGAUUAAUUGCCGGAGUGCGGAUCAAGGAAGUCCCCACCGAUGACAAGUUUGCUGUACGUGGAUCAGCUCUAAGGAGAGUUCUGGAUCAAGACAAAGCUGCUGGUCUUAUCCCGUUCUUUUUUUGUGCAACGCUAGGAACCACGACAUGCUGCUCAUUUGACCGACUGCUGGAACUGGGCCCGAUUUGUAAUGCUGAGAAUAUGUGGAUGCAUAUUGAUGCUGCCUAUGCUGGGAGUUCAUUCAUCUGUCCCGAAUUCCGCUAUCUUCUCAAUGGAGUGGAAUUUGCAGAUUCAUUUAACUUCAACCCACACAAAUGGCUUCUGGUGAACUUUGACUGUUCUACUAUGUGGGUGAAGAAGAGAACAGAUUUAACCUGUGCCUUUAAGAUAGACCCUGUUUAUCUGAAGCAUGACCAUCAAGAAUCGGGACUUAUCACAGAUUAUAGGCACUGGCAAAUCCCUCUGGGUCGGCGGUUCCGUUCCUUGAAAAUGUGGUUUGUCUUUCGAAUGUAUGGUGUGAAGGGGCUCCAGGAAUACAUCCGCAAGCAUAUUAAGCUUGCUCACGAAUUUAAGAACCUGGUACUUCAGGACGAUCGAUUUGAGGUCUGUGCUGAUGUUGUAUUGGGACUGGUGUGCUUCCGACUAAAGGGCACUAAUGAACUCAACGAGGCCCUGCUUAAGAGCAUAAAUGAGGCGCGGAAGAUCCAUCUUGUUCCAUGUCGCCUGAGAGGGAAAUUUGUGCUGCGUUUUUCAAUUUGCUCUCGCACUGUGGAAUCUGCCCAUGUCCAGUUUGCCUGGAAGCACAUUGUGCAACUGGCGAGUGAACUUCUGAAAGCACAGAGACAGCAACAGUGACAGACUUCGUUGACUGGAUAAUUUAGGGAAUGACAAAGGGCCAGUGGUAGCAGUGAAUUAUGGGGUCUCCCAGCAUAUCUGAUAUCUGCCAAACUACUCACGGCAAACUGUGCUAGAACCAAAUACGUAGGUAAGAGCCUACGAGUCCUGUCUUAUUGACCACAAUCCAUCCUGCCCUGCUCAGAGCAGUACCUGUGUCUGUCUGUAUCUGCAAAAUGCUGUUUCUUCAUGCCUAUCCCUGCCCUCUCCAGCUUGGGGACACCUUCUCCAAGCUUUGAUGGAUGCUUAGACAGAGCCAUUUUAUACAACUAAGGGAACAGCUCACCAGUUUUCUACCCUAAGCUCUGGCUCUCUCCUAAGCCUGCCACUUUAGGCCAUACCCAUAGGACACAGCCAUUCACAGUAACUACAUUCCCAACAAUAAAUCAAAUGCAGCUCUCUCUGGGUUGGGUCCAGACUAACUUUUCCAAGGGUAAAGAGGUCUGCAGAUUGAAGGGGUAAUUGGUGGAAAUUGCCAGUUUAAUCUGGAUCCAACCCUCUAGAACUAGAAUUAAUUGGUGUUUGGACAACUACCCUUUUGGUCAGUGAAGCAAAAUUAAUGAUAGGAUUUUCCAAGGUAUCGAAUCAAUCGGGAAGUUCCCGAUGGUUUCAUAAUUAGGGUUUCCUGGGUUGUUUCCCGAGCUGUUCAAUCAGGGCUCCAGUGAGCUUUGCUUAGUUUACUCUUACAUACUUGACCCAUCAUUGGCUGAUUUCGCACACGUUGGAUAAUGCACUUCCAAUCCUCUUUAGAGAUCAUUUGGAACUGAAUUUUUCGUGUGUGAAACAAAAAAUCCACUUCCAAACGAUUGCUAAAGUGCAUUGAAAGUGCAUUAUCCAACGUGUGCCGAAUCAGCUAUUGCAUCCAAGAAUACUGAGCGUAAUAUUGUUUACUCAGCCUUUGAUUCCAAGAAGCAAAGAAAGACACUCCUGCCCAUAGCUGGAGUCUAUUUUCUUUGCUCUCUGCUCACUGUCACCUCUUUGCAUAAACAGAGGAAUGACUGAGGCACAAAAUGAGAUUGUUAUCUCAGAACAAUUUCCUUAGUUAAAGCCCCUUUUCGAUUAUGCUGUAAUUUGCAAAAGGGGGUUAAUUUACGUGAGCGGUUGGGGAACUAGAAAAUGAGGCAUGUGGUGGCACAAAAUUCCUGUUGUUUCCCUUCCACAACAGUCCAUGAGCCUAGAAAAUUAUAUCUGCAGCUUUGUAAUUUCUUUAAGAAGUCAUUACUUGGUCAUAAGUGAACAUGGAGAAAACAGUCAUUGUAUAGCACAGAGCCAUACCUGGCCAUACAGUCCUUUGCCAAUGUGGUAGUUUUUCUAGUAUCGGCAAUACAAAACCAGAGUGAGAAAAACAGAAGACCUGAAUCAGUCUAAAACCUUCGCAUUACGGAGAACCAAGCCUUGUAUAUUUCAGCGUACCUUUCGGUGAAGUCACUGUGCUUGGAAUCACAGCCUCAUUGUUACAGGUUUUGAUUUAGAGCCCCAUCACCACCAUCAGAUGUGCUAAAGUGUUGUGGCAUUUCUACACUGUGAAAUGCUGGCUGUUCAUUCUAUGUCUAGGUAGACUUGUGUCCUGACUAGAUCCAAAAAAAAAUUUCCGAUCCAGCUGAUUGUGGAUUGGUGCCAGUGAUGAUCCCGACUAAACGAUCCACACCGAUCAUCUCCCGUUCCCGAUCCGUGGAUCGUGGAUCGUGGAGGCCAAAGCAGGGCGCGCUGCUAUUCCCAGCUAUGUGGGAAGGUGUUGGUGGCAGCCACCGGGCAUGGGGAGAUGGUGAUGAGCCGCCUCCCCUCAGGGGGCAGGGGGUCUGGCCGCUCGCUGGCGGCACCCCCCAUGUGCCCGCCCACCAGGCCAAAAGGGAGCGCGCUGGGGAGAAAAGAAUGGUGGGUGAUGCCGGCUGCAUCUGUGUUUGUGUUUGGCCUUCUGUGUUUGGCCGUCAGAGCUGCCUAUCAGGGUUUGCAGGGAUGAGAUUGGAGUGCCCAUGGCUACAGAACACCCCCUUCCCCCUCCCUCCCCUGGGUGUCUUCUCCCAACUGGUGACUGCUUUGUUGCUCUGUGGUUGGAAGGAAGCCCUGCUGAUCAAGGAAAACUGGGCUUCCAUUUGGGUUUCCAGGGUGACAGAAGGAGGGGAAACACAGCUCAGGCAUUCCCCUGGUUCCGUUGCCCUGGGAAUAGAUUACUGGUGCCUGAGUGUCUGGCUUCCCGAUCCGAGCACGAUCCAGCCCCGAUCCAGCCCCCCUCCCGAUCGCUGGAUCGUUGGCCGUGGCCGAUCACGAUCCGCUGAGUCACGAUCGCAUGAUUGCCAUUAUCGCGGGGUUUUUUGGAUCGUAAUGAGGAUCGUGCCCAUCUCUAGUCCUGACUUCUUCCAUGAUGCUCACAUGUGCUAAAGGUAACCAAGUAAUGCUUAAUAUGCAGUCAAAAACCUGGAUCUAGUUCUUACUGGGAUGCUAAAUCUGUGUCUGGGCCACAUAAUUUUUACCUGUGAAUGCUUUUUGCUGACACCUUGACUGUUUCCACACACCCUUAAAGGGAUGGCCCACUCACCGAACGCUGGCAGCUUUUCCUCAUGAAUCCAGAUGCCUCCAUUUGCAAAACGGUUGCGGGCCGUCUGGCUUCCAUUUUAUCAGAGCCUUUUUUGGGAAUGCACUUUC